UGUGUUUUAUAGUUGAUGUGUCUGUAGGCUCUGUAUUUCUGCCAGCUGUGGAUUUGAAUCAGAUCUUGAUGACCAUCAUGCAGUUGAAUGAGGUGAAAGAAGCAGCGCUGUUGUCGUGGAUCAACAGUGUUUAUCCUGAGGAGCCCUUGACCAAAAUCAUCCAGAUGAUUGAUGGCCAUCGACUCCUUCAGUUUGCCUACAGAGUGCAGGGGAAAGAUUUCUGUGAUGGUUUGCUGGUGUCACCGUCUCCUAAUGUGAUGGAAAUGAUCUUCAGUAUGCUACAGGCUGACUUCCAGUUCAGCUCGAGACAGGCCUUCCUCAUGUUAUGGAAAAUCAGUCAGGGAGUGGAUCUGGAGCUUCAGCUUGCCAAGGUGAUCCUUGUUCUUUGUUAUUGUGGUUUUAAAACAUACAACAUGGUGCCUUUGGACACAAAGACAGGGUUGAUGAUCGCAUCCAUGUUUCACUUCGUAGAAGAUGAUGCUGAUGGUCUGUCCUUAGACGAAGGCCUAGAUCGAUUCCUCACCAAAGCAUCUGUCAUGACUUUCUCCACUUCCAGCAGCGAGAACAGCUGCUGCUCGCCUUCGUACACCGAUGACGAGUCCCUGAUCUUCAGCCAAGGCCGAAACCCUCGCAGAGUUCAGUUUCAAGAGCAUUUCACCGUGUCCUGCAGCUCCGUCAGCUCUCCAGUGCAGGAGGUUAUCAGCACGCCUCAGUUGUUAAAGAGACUCCGGAAAGAACUGGCACGUGAAGGGGAUUUGAGAGACGAGCUCAAGAAAGAGCUGAACAAUCAGAUCGGCAUCAAUUUGGAGAAAGAGGGUGUGAUUUCACAGUUUCAGCACCGGGUGGAGCGAAUGCUGCGGGAACAAGGAGAGCUGGAGGAGGAGCAUAAAGCUGCACUUCUGGAGCUCCAGGAGAAGAACGAGAGAGUGCAUCAGGUUGUAAAGCAAUGCCAAGACUUGAAAACUGAAAACACUGAGAAAAAGAAAAUGAUUGAUGUAUUAACAAAGGAGAACCAAACUUUUGCUUCUCAGAUUUCCCUAAAAGGUGAAGAAAUCUCAAAUUUGAGGAACAAGUAUGACACUCUAGACCAUGAGCUGAAGCUUGUGAGGGAACAAAAUAUUGAUUUAAAAGAAGUGAUCAAAUCAAAUUGCCGAGAGCAUGAGGACACGGUUAAUAAACUUCAGCAAGAGCUUGACUCUGCUUCAGUUGCUUCAGAAAAAGAAGAAAUGCUGGGUCUGUCAGCGGAGCUAACGUCUCUUAAAGAGCAGAUCUGUCGUUACAGUGAAAAUGAAGUGAAGAAACAACAAGAACGGUCUGUUUUAGAGGCUCAAAACAGUGUGUUGAAGGAAAAAUGUACGUCUCUUCAGAAUCAGAUGGCCGAAGUGAAGGAAUCGGAGCUUAAACUGGAGCUUUGCCAUCAAACAAUGCUAAGAGUAAAAGCUCAGGAGCUCGAGAGGACUGUGAGGGAACAUCACAUCGAAAUCUCCGCUCUUGCCUCCGAGAGAGACACUCAAAUAAAUUCUCUUAAAGCUGAAAUGAAGAACCAACAUCUGAGAUCCGAGAGGCUUCGAGCUCAGCUGGAGCUGAAGGUGGAAAAGCAAAACGGCUCCAUUCUUGCUCUUAAAAACAUGGCUCGACAAUGGGAGCAGCAGAAUGAGGAGCUCCUGGAGAAGCUGAAGAUCAUGUUCACACAAUUACAGCAUUACAGCGGUAAAAACAAGGAGGCAUGGGAGAUGAACAAGUCUCUCGUGAACUCCCUUCAGGCCAACAGGAGAGAAGUCGAAGAUCUUCAGAUGGAACGAGAGCAGGCCGAGGCCAAAGUCAAAAGCUUGGAGGCUCGGUUGGACUCUGCUGAAAGGCAUCUGCAGGAGCUUAGGAAGAUGACCGAUGACACUGAGGAUGUGAGAUGCAGGGAAACACCGCAGGACACCAGCAGUGACCGCUUGAACUUUGAGCUGAACGAUUCGUUUAAUGCUAAUGCACAAGAUGUGUCUGGUAUCGGAGUGGAGGAUAAACCAGAGCAUGCUGCUGACGACUGGAUGCGUGUCGCAGAACUACAGGCUCGAAACAAAGCCUGUCUGCCUCACAUGAAGAGCAGCUACCCGCUGGAGUCCAGGCCCACUGUGGGGCUUCCCUCAUUCACAUUAACGGAUGAGGACCUACGGAUGGGAGACCCGAAAGAGAGCAUGCGGCGUGCAGCUUUACACCUGCAUGAAUCCCAGACUCUCAGACCACCAGGAUCCCUGCUGCAUGACCUGAACACACCUGAGCAGCAGUACAUUGGCACAGGUGAGGCAAAGAAGUUGGCAAGCUGCAUCUCUCGGACCAUGAUGCUUAAGAGCAGGCAUGCUAACAGACUUACAAAUGCUGAGCUUAAGGGAAGGCAGUCUGUUAUGUUCACCAUUGUUAACACACCAAAACACCAAAGAGGUAGCUUGCUGCAGCGAGGCCUGAAGCGUCGUAAGGAAGCCUGUAAGUCUCCCACAGCGGCCAGUCGUGCCCUGCAGCCUGCGAAGAGCACUGCUAACAGCAGAUCGCCACUAUCACUGAGAAAAUGUCCUCGCAACAAGUCUCAGAAAAAGGGAGAGCAGGAGAACUAACUCAGCUGAUCGUCUUUCCUGACUGGAUGUAUCUGCUGUUAUGUGGCAAUACACUUUAGUAUUGUUUAAUUCUGAUUUCUUUCUCCACACGUGAUUUCUUACUUGUCCAGGAUCGUUUAAGUUUCUUUUCUGUUCACUUUGUAAAUUGAUUGAAUGUGUUUUUUGAAUAAUGUAUUUAAAUAAAAGAUUUUUGUGAUGAA